UGGAGUUGUGAGUUUCUAAACGAACACUUGGAAAUUUCUUAAUCAUUCCAAUCAUUAUUAUAUUCACUUCCCUCUUAGCACAUGAAGGGACUUUUGGGGGGUCAAAAAAAGCCGAAAGUGCAGCGAAAUUACCCGCUCUUUAUUAUAUUGGCUCCCUAAUUGCGUAACCAAACAAGUUAUGUAAUGUCCUGAAAUCCACAAUUCAAAAGAAUAAUCCAUAUGGUUUGACAUUCAACAAUUCUAGCUUUCCUUCUUCACCAGAACCAAGUCCACCGGUUGAAUCAGAUCACCGGACUUCCGGCCAACGCCAUGCCUUUUUGGAACUCAAGAUUCAAAAGGAUCCAAGAUGAGUUUGAAGUUGAGCUCAAAAAUCUCCCAACAACAACCAAGAAGGAUCAUCACACCACAUCCAAUUCCAAAAUCAAUGGAAACAACAGCAAAGGUAGAGUACUAUCAAGAGUCUUCUCUGAGGACUAUGAAAAGGCCAAGAAGCAAUACUCAGUAAUGGACCCCAGAGGUCGCGGGGCACGACAAUGGAACCGGGUUUUCUUGGCAGCGUGCUUAGCUUCUCUUGUUGUGGACCCUCUCUUCUUUUUCGUGCUCCAGAUCAGGCCGGAGGUCUGCGUGGAGACCGUGGUGCCCUUAGAAAUAGUCCUCACGGUUUUGAGAUCAGUGACGGAUUUGUUUUACACAGUCAAUAUUUUUGUGCACUUUCGGACAGCUUACGUUGCUCCUUCGUCACGCGUGUUUGGGAGAGGAGAGCUUAUCAUAGAUUCGUGGAAGAUCGCGGUGCAGUACCUCAACACAGGGUUUUGGAUUGAUCUCAUGGCAGCGCUGCCCAUUCCACAGGUAUUGAUUUGGGGAGUACUACCUAAUCUAAAAAGUCCAACAAUAUCAAACAUAAACACAGCCAUAAGGUUCAUAAUAUUAAUACAGUAUAUGCAAAGGCUAUUCAUGGCAUAUCCACUGUCAAUAAGAAUAUCAAAGGCCACAGGAAUUGUAACAGCAACAGCUUGGGUUGGGGCUGCCUAUAACCUCAUGUUCUACAUGUUGGCUAGCCACGUUGUGGGAACAUGUUGGUACCUUCUAUCAAUAGAGAGAGAAGAAGCAUGCUGGAGGAGCCUUUGUGACCAAUAUAACACCACAUGUAAUUACAACUUCUUCGACUGCAGCACCAUGGAUGACAGCAACAGGAAUUCUUGGAUCUUGUCUAGCAAUGUCACUACUCUUUGUAACCCUAGUAACCCCUAUUACACAUGGGGCAUCUAUGGUGAUGCUAUGAGGUUUGGCGUUACGUCCGGGCAUUUCUUUAACAAGUUCUUCUACUGUCUCUGGUUUGGCCUCAGGAAUCUCAGCUCAACAGGGCAGAAUCUGUCGACAAGCAUUGACAUUGGAGAGACUGUUUUUGCAUCCCUUGUUGCAACUAUUGGACUCAUUAUCCUUGCAUUGCUCAUUGGAAAUAUGCAGAUGUAUAUACAAUCGGCAACAGCUCGGUUAGAGGAGUGGAGGCUAAAGAGAGCUGAUACAGAGCAAUGGAUGCAUCACAGACAACUUCCCCAGGACCUAAGACACUGUGUCCGAAAGUAUGAUCAAUACAAGUGGGUAUCUACUCAGGGAGUUGAUGAAGAAUCUAUUCUCAAAGACCUUCCUACUGACCUUCGUCGACAAAUCAAACGCCACCUCUGUCUCAAUCUUGUUCGACGAGUACCAUUAUUUGAUCAAAUGGACGAUCGAAUGCUAGACUCCAUAUGCGAGAGGCUCAAGCCCACCCUAUGCACCAAAGGAACAUUCCUAGUCCGCGAGGGGGACCCCGUCAACGAAAUGCUCUUCAUAAUCCGGGGCCACCUCGACUCCUACACCACCAACGGUGGCCGAACUGGGUUUUUCAACUCCUCCCGGAUCGGUCCCGGUGCAUUUUGUGGCGAAGAAUUGCUGACAUGGGCCUUACACCCACAUCCGAGUGGCAUUCUACCAUCGUCCACUAGGACGGUGGUAGCUAUCUCGGAUGUCGAGGCAUUUGCACUUGGAUCGGAGGACUUGAAAUACGUGGCAUCGCAGUUUCGGCGGCUCCACAGCAAGCAGAUCAGGCACAAGUUCCGAUUUCACUCUCAUCAGUGGCGGACAUGGGCCGCGUGUUAUAUACAGGCCUCGUGGCAGCGGUAUAAGAAACGGAAGGAAAUGGCGGAGCUCCAUGAGAGCGAAUACGGGCCAAGGUCAUUCCGGGACAUGGAGAAUGUGUUGGUGCCCCAGACCGGGUCAGGGUUAGCGGUGUAUGCGGCAAGGUUGAUGAUGAAUAUUAGGAGUAAGCGGUACAGGUCGGAUUCAGGCAUUUUAAGUCCGCGGCCGAAGCCGGAUGAGCCUGAUUUUUCUUGAGAGGGGGUUUUAGAUAAGGGAAGAUUCAAUCCUUGAAAUGUGGCUUUGCAAUUGUAAUAUGAUAUAUGUAUACACACCUUCAUGAAUUGGCAUUAUUUGUAUAAAGUGUUUAAAAAAUUGAAUGUGUACUAGACCGAACUCAACCUGUUAAUGUAUAUGUGGUAUUCCUAAAUAUAUUAGGUAUUGAUUUCCUAGAUAUAUUUAGGAAUAGCCAUAGCUAGGUUUCUAA